AUGUUUGUUGGAGAUGCUUUUAUUACUUUCAAGUUGAAAAUGAGGAAGUUGAAAGUUGCUCUAUCAGUAUGGAGUAAAGAGACUUUUGGUGAUAUCUUUAAGCAAUUAACUAUUAGAGAGGAUAUUGUUAAGAUCAAAGAGCAGUUGUUUGAAGAGGAUCCCUUUGAAGUUAAUAGAAUGGUUUUUCAACAAGCUCAAGUUGAAUUCAAAAGAUAUAUGCAUUUUGAAGAAGAGUUUUGGAAACAAAAUGUUGGUGUUAAAUACAAACAGAAGGAGAUAGAAAUACAAGAUAGGGAUCAGAUUUCAGCAGCAGUUAUAGAUUUCUAUCAGCAACAAUUCUCUUCUGAGCUAACAUCAUCAGACUACAGCAUCUUAGAGCAUGUGCAGGAAGUUGUUACAAAGGAUCAAAAUGAUUUAUUAUGUUCUAUGCCAUCUUUGGAGGAAGUGCAUAAAGCUGUAUUUGAGUUAGCAGGUGAUAGUGCAUAUGGCCCUGAUGAUGUAUACAAUGUAUUUAAGGCUUUCUUUGAUGGUCAAACUCUUCCAAAAUCUGUCACUCACACUAACUUGGUGUUACUACCAAAGAAGGAAAUUAUUAACAACUUUUCUGAUCUCAGACCUAUGAGGUUAAGCAACUUCAUCAACAUGAUCAUUACUAGAGUUAUUCAUGACAGAUUGGAAUCUAUUCUGCAUUCCUUAAUCUCUCAGAACCAAUCUGGUUUUGUAAAAGGAAGGAAUAUUAUAGAAAAUGUGUUACUUACUCAAGAGGUUGUUGCAGAUAUUAGAAAGAGGUGA